CCCAUUCCUGAGGUUUUUUUCCCCAAUUUCCAGGCCCAGCCUGGCCCCUCCAAGGCCCAACCGGAGCCGCCCCCGGCCCAGCCGCCCCAGGAGGAGCCCAAGGAGCCCAAGAAGGAGAGCGGGAGCAGCGGCCGCAAGAAACGGAGCCGGAGCCGGAGCCGCGAGCACAGACACAGCCGCAGCCGGGACCGGGAGCGGGAGCGGCGCCGCCGCAGCCGCAGCCGCGAGCGCCGGAGCCGCCACCGGAGCCGCAGCCGCGAGCGGAGACGGAGCCGGAGCCGCGAGCGCCGCAGCCGCGAGGACAGGGCCAGGCGCCGCUUCGGGCACAGCAAGAGCCCCCUGUACCGGGAGAAGAGCCCGGGGCGGGAGCCGCUGGGCUCGCUGAGCCCCGAGGAGCGCGACGCCCGCACGGUGUUCUGCAUGCAGCUCGCCGCCCGCAUCCGCCCCCGCGACCUCGAGGAUUUCUUCUCCGCCGUCGGGAAGGUGCGGGACGUGCGGAUCAUCUCGGACCGGAACUCGCGGCGCUCCAAGGGCAUCGCCUACGUGGAAUUCUGCGAGAUCCAAUCGGUGCCCUUGGCCAUCGGCCUCACCGGGCAGCGCCUGCUGGGCGUGCCCAUCAUCGUCCAGGCCUCCCAGGCCGAGAAGAACCGGCUGGCGGCCAUGGCGGCGCCCCUGCAGAAGGGCUCGGGCGGCCCCUUGCGGCUCUACGUGGGCUCCCUGCACUGCAACAUCACCAAGGACAUGCUGCGCGGCAUCUUCGAGCCCUUCGGCAAGAUCGAGAGCAUCGUGCUGAUGAGGGACCCGGACACGGGGCAGUCCAAGGGCUACGGCUUCAUCACCUUCUCGGAGGCGGAGUGCGCGCGGCGGGCGCUGGAGCAGCUCAACGGCUUCGAGCUGGCCGGGCGGCCGAUGCGCGUGGGGCAGGUGAGCGAGCGCCCCGACGGCUCCACCGACGUCACCUUCCCCGAGGGCGGCGCCGCCGCCGCCGCACCUGGCGCAGGUACGGCCCCGCUCACCUGCGGCGACGACCCCGAGCUGGGCACGGCCGCCGGGCGGCUGCAGCUCAUGGCCAAGCUGGCCGAAGGCUCGGGGCUGCAGCUCCCGGCCCCGGCGCAGGCGGCGCUGCAGCAGCUGAACGGGGCCCUGACCCCCCUGGGGGGGCUCAACCCCGCGGCCCUGACAGCCCUGAGCCCGGCGCUGAACUUGGCCUCGCAGUGUUUGACGCUCUCGGGGCUCUUCUCGCCCCAGACCAUGUGAGACUCGGCUCCGCCCCCUCCCCUCAGGCCACGCCCCUUCCCAUCUCCGGCCCCUCCCCUUGGUGGGAAAAGAGGGCGUGGCCUCAGCGCUGGCCCCGCCCCCUGCCCCGCCCCCUCCCGGG